UCACAGAAGAGCAGAUAGAUCGUUCGAGAGAGAAAGUGUGUCAGUGUAAGUAUCCCUUCCAGGCUCCAGCCUCCUACUUAACAAAAGCAAGUGCAAGUACCCACUCUUGCAUUUCUUUCGUUCUUCCCGUUUUCUUUUGUUUCUCAUCUCAGGUCUCAACCUACGUCCUACACCCAAGACCCCAGAUGGAGAGCUUCAACUUGCUGCUCAUCUCUCUCAUCGUCCUUGUUCCUUCCGUUGUCUGUGCUUCUUCUUACAAAAUUCCGGCCAUAUACACGUUUGGAGACUCCAUCUUAGACGCUGGAAACAACCGUUUCAAUAAGAACUGCAGCGCUCAAGCUGAUUUCCCCCCUUAUGGCUCCAGUUUCUUCCACCAACCCACUGGAAGAUUCACCAAUGGUAGAACUGUCGUCGACUUUCUCUCUCAGUUCCUUGGUAUUGAUAUCCAAGAACCGUACCUGGAGGCAGAAAUGGGAGUUGCUAAUGGCAGUCGAAAGGCUUAUCCGUCCAACGGCAUCAACUUUGCCAGUGGCGGAAGUGGUGUUUUGCCGCAAACUAACAAGGAUUUGGGGGUAAUUCCUAUCCAAGAUCAGGUACAACAGUUCCAGACAUUAGUGAAUGAAAACAAACUUGAUAAGAAACUUGUUCAAAAAUCACUCUUCCUCUUUGAGUCGGGGAGCAAUGACAUCUUCAACUACUAUAACCCAUUCACUGGACCUACAAAUCUUGAUCCUGAAGCCUAUGUGCAAGCUAUGCUGACACAAGUCAAACAGUUCAUUGAUCAAAUUUACAGUCUUGGUGCUCGACGAAUUGUCAUCAUCGCUCUAGGACCUGUUGGCUGUGUUCCGGCGAGGAUGCUGCUGCCUGGAGGGCGGACUGAUCGAUGCUUCGGCAGGAUAAACCAUAUAGUUAAGAAAUACAAUGCCGGCCUGGAAGGCUUGGUUAAGGACACGCCUAUCACACACCCUGGUGCAAUUGGUGUUUAUGGAGAAGUAUAUAAAGCUGUUCAGGAAUUUCGCUCAAUGCCCAAGCGUUAUGGAUUUUUUAACAUUACUGGUGCUUGUUGUGGCGAUGGAACUCUUCGAGGGUUGGUGCAAUGUGGAAAGGACAGUUAUAAAGUGUGUGAAAACCCUAAUCAGUUCUUGUUUUGGGAUUUCUUCCAUCCAUCAGAGCAUACUUAUGAACUUGUCAGUAAGGCUUUAUGGGCUGGGAAGCAGUCGCGGGUCAGGCCUAUCAAUUUGAGGACACUGGCUAGCAUCAGUGUUUAGUUCAUCCUCAGCUGAAGGGGGUGACUGCAACCAUUAGUGUAUCUUAAAACAGUGAAUAAUUCAUAAUUUCUUAUCCUAGUAGAAUAAGCAGUUUAAUUAGUUUCUUAUAUAAGGCUUGUUUCGUCAUGUAAUGAAGACUAUCAUGUAGAUAGCCAUGUUCACCCCAAUGUAGAAAGGAGGUAUCUGUUAAUGAAGUUAAUAUAAUUAGGCUCUGUUCAUUUUUGAUAA